UAGUAAUAUCUUAAGGGUUCACAGAUAAUAUCCACAGCUGUCACACAAAUCUAGUCGACAGUCUGAGCAGAUUUGUUUGACUAUUUGAAUAACAGCACAGUGCAAAGCUGAGUUUUUCAUUAGUUUUGUUUCUGUAUCCUUCAACUUCUUUUAAAUGGGAGUCUGUUAAGAACUGUUCGGGAUUUUUCCAGAGCCCAUUGUGACCAUAGAAAUACUGAUGUUACACUUAGGGUUCCGCCUUCUUCUCCACUGACUUGUAAAAUGAGUUAGCAGCGAAGCUGUUAGCCACUGUCAGCAGGUAAGUUUACUUCCAGAGCCGAAGAUCUCUGCAACAAGCUGUCUGGAGUUCUUGUUCAACACAGAGGCUUUCGAGUGGAGCAUCAAGUGCUCCCCCCACCCCCCUCACAAGAGAAAGAAAGCAUUACUGGUCUUGCCUGACGGGUCUGUUUUGGAGACUACAGACUGGAGAAGAAAGAGGCUGAGCAGGAAGCAUGUCCACUGACAAUGAGCCCACGUUCACAGUCAAGCUGCUGCAGCUGCUGCUGCUCUCCACCUACUGGGGAAUGCAGAUUUGGGUCACCUUUAUUUCAAGCUUUGUAAUGGACAACCACCUGAACAGACACACUUAUGGGUUUAUCCAGAGUCGCCUUGUCCCAUUCUACCUCCACUUGGGAUCAGCUUGUGCCUUCUUUAACCUCACUAUCUACGCUGUGUAUCAUCCCAGCGACAAGCUGAACGACAGAGAAUCAUUUCAGAUCUUCAUCUUCUUUGUGUCGGUGACAGUCGCGGCUGUCAACGCUCAGUGGUUUGGCCAAAUGACAUCGGAGAUCAUGGCGGACAUGCACCUUAUCGAGCAGGCGUGCGGAUUGGGUCAGGACAUCGGCCUUUCGUCGAACCGCGAAGCUUACGCCAAGCUGUCUGAGACGGACGUCAAAUACAGACACCUCAGCGGUCGCCUGUGGCUGUACAGACUGCUGUCCUCCCUCUGUAACCUCUGCUGCUUAGGCUGCAACUUCUACAGCCUCUGUUACAUCGCCGAGAACCUCGUCACACUUUGAACUGACACAUAGCAGCUGUACUGUUAACUCUUUGAAAAAUUGUCCAACUGACUAAUCUAAAUGUAUAUUUUUGUGCCAAACCUGUAUAUAUUUAAUACAUAGUUUUUUGUCUCUCUGCGGUGUUAGGUAUUAAAUACAAAGUCAGGUAAGCCUUGUUCUCGUGCUUUGGGGAUUAAUGACAGGAUACAACUGCCAUGCUAAGAUUUUGGACCUCGAUUUGUGUUGCUUUUGAAACAAACGGGGCCACUAAAGCUGCAUUUCUCUCCUUAGGUUGUAGGGAGACAAAUCAGUUUCUGCAAUGAGUAAUGCCUCACCUUUCACCUAGUGUGGCUGAGGCUUGGUGGCUGCCUUGAUACUUUCCCUUCACUAUUACAAUUUAGUACCUUUCAGGAACCUAAAAGCAUUACAUUAGAGAUGUUUUAUAAUUGCAGUACCAGAGAAAUUAUAACAGAAAAUAGCCAAAUUUUUUUGCAUCUUUUUAUGUGUAAGCAAAAGAAAAACAUCAAGAUGUGCUCCCAUGCUGCUCAGCACUGCUCUUCCUGUUUGGGUGUAGUUUAAAUACUUUGUUCACAGUGUGGUGUCACAGGUUUGUCUGGCUCACCUUUAUGUUAACUUAAGUAAAGUAAGUACUAUCUUUAGCUCUCCUGGCUGCUUUUUCCUAAUAUGGUUUAGAAUCAAUUCUGCUUUUAGCCUUUUCAAACCACACUUGCACCAGUGGUUUGUUUAUUGGUAUAUUGGAAUUAGGAUUAAUUGGUGUUCGUAAACAGUUCCAUUGUAUUGCCCUGUAAUUAUGUAGAUGCUAUAAGAUUGGUUGCACAGCAGGUUGGUCUAGUUGUGAGAAAGGAUGGUAUGGUAGAAAGUAUUGUUUAGACUUGCUGAGGUGAUGUGGGUCUAUUACGACAAUAGUAUGGAGUCCCCAGAAAAUCACAGUGGGGAAAAAGGUUUCUAAACUAAUUAUGUGUUCCUGUGUAUUAACUUUUGCGUUACUUCACAAGUAGUCUCGCAUUGCCAGACCCAUCUCCACAGCGCGAGUAUGGUCUGGCUGCACGUGUUAACAUUCUGGUAUAGCUGGAAAAACGCUCUGGAUUGUUUAUUUCUUUAAACCAAUCACAAUCACGUUGGGCGGUGCUGAGACCCAAAUGCAGCCACGGUGCUCUUGCAAAAUGGAUAUACUGUAGAUAUAACAUAGAGCUAAAGGGGAGGAGAAUGCCUGGCGUGCAGGAUGUCAGGCUUUACACCCACACCCCUUUCACAUCAGAUCUACUAUUUGAAUUUCUCACAUGCUUUGCUCUGUUCUCUAACACCUCCGUGUCAGUCAUUAUGUGUUCAAACUGCUGUGGGGAAAAUGUAUGCAGCCAGGAUUGGAAAUUAAGCCAAAUCAUUUUUGAGUUGUACUCGCACUAGAGUUGUGUUCUGUGAAGUACUCUUCUCAGGUGUCAGAUUCUUUUUUAGUCAUAGUAUGAAUAUCUUUGCGUUGUUUGUUUUGUGUGCAGAGAGGAUCUGUGGUGUGGUGAACAAACCUCUCCAUGCUAUGAUGUCCUCUCCUUUUUGACUUGUCCUAGUUCACCUAAGUAGCUGCUUAGGUGAAACUCUUCUAUCAAUAUGUUUCUUCUUUCUCCUGUUCCUUUAGUUUAUGUUGGCCUGUGAUACAUGUCCAUUAAACCAAAGUAAAAAAUGCCAUUAACAUCAACUACCGUUACGUAAUCAGGGCAAAGGCAGCCGAGUACUAAUUCUGAUUACUCUUAUUUUUGUCCAGACCGAACUGAUAAAGGUGACUCUUGUGUGCCCAUAACUGGCAAAUAUAAUGCACUAUUACCUGGUUUUAAAUUGCACAAAUUUUUUUUUUAUUGUGUUGCUUGUUAGCUUGGGCAGUUUUAAAUUAACAAAAAACUUCAAUGCAAAUAAUUUCAAUGUUUUGUUCAUAAACAAAUAAGCUGUAUAGUUUAAUUGUAGAAGACCACUUUACAUUAUUUGUGGAUGUUUCUGCCAGUUUAAUGUUUGCGAUAAUGUGUUAUAAUAAAAAUAGUUCAUGUGG